ACAUAAAAAAGGAAAAUAAAGAAGUGCCAUUAACCCACCACCAGUUUCGCCCACGAACAAGCCCACAUUUCAGUUGUCUUCACCCACUUCUUCUUCUUCACCGUCGUUUUUAUCCUCUGCAUAAUUCUUCACUUUUAUUUUAAUUAAUAAUUAAUUUCAUUUUCUCUUUUUUUGUUUAAUUUUUUAAUUUCUGUAGUUCGAACAAAAUUAAAAUAAAAAUAAAAAAUGGAGUGCAUAGAGACCAGAGCCCUGAAAUCGAGUUUCCUAUCGCAAAUGGCUAUAAAAACGAAUUCACAGGCGUUCUGCAACGACGACGUUUGGUGUUUCGCCGGAGUCAACACCGUUUCUUCCGACGAGUUCCCCGUUGAAGACCUACUCAACCUCGAUUUCUCCGAAAUGGAGUUUCACGGAUCCCAAUUAGAGGACGACGCCGAAGCAAAAGUAGGUCUAGAGGAGAUUAAUUCGAGCCACUCUCCUUCCGCUUUUUCCGGCGCCGACGAAUUCCCCAGCCUCUCCGCCGCUGAACUCGCCGUUCCGGUCGACGAUUUGGAAAAUCUGGAGUGGUUGUCGCAAUUUGUGGACGACUCUACUUCGGGGCUGAGUUUAUUAUGCCCCGCCGGAAGUUUCACCGGCAACCGGGUUGAAAAGGUGACCAAACCACCGGUCCAGAAGAUCCGGCUCCCGUUCCUCCCGUUUCCGGUUCAGAGGAAACAGAGGAGCAAACGGUCGAGGACGACCGGCCGGCGGCCGUGGUACCUGUCGUCUCCGCCGUUGAGCGCCGGCGUGGAUUCAUCUCCAACGUCCUCUUCCCACGGUUCCUCCGUGGUACCAGUACCAACUUUUUUCUUCACAGCGCCGGUUCAGAAAAAAAAACCGGAGGCGGACGGCGGUUCGGGUUCCGGGCGAAGGUGCACGCACUGUCAAGUUCAGAAGACUCCUCAGUGGCGAACCGGGCCGCUCGGCCCGAAAACGUUGUGCAACGCUUGUGGAGUCCGGUUCAAGUCCGGUCGGCUAUUCCCCGAGUAUAGACCGGCUUGUAGCCCGACGUUUUCACAGGAAGUACAUUCGAACAGUCACCGGAAAGUUGUGGAGAUGCGCCUGAAAAAGGAGGUGGCGCGUGGUGGUUGAAUCCGGUUCGAGUUUCGCGGUUCGAAGUUGUUGAACCGUAGGAUAGGGUUAAUUUACUGUAGCAGUUAAAAUGUGUACGGUUGUCGGAGUUAGGUAGGUUAAGGUUAAACUAUUUUAAGUUUUUCACUUUUUUUUUUCUUUUCAUUUUUGUAGUGUCUAAUUGAGUUACAAAUAUAGUUAAGCAAUCUUGUGGAGUUAUUUAAAGUUUUGAAGCUAUUCUAUAGUAGAAUAGUCUCGUUUGUUG